UGAGCUGUUGAAGAGACCGUCAACAGCGAGCCAUGAAGUGGACACUGAACUAGUCGUUACAGGCAGGUUUAGGGAUAUGGCUUUACUAAACCAUCUGCAUUUAUUUAUUUAUUUAUAAUACAAAAUAAUAAUGUAUUAGAUUUAGCAUGGGUCAAAAUCAGCAAGUACAGGCACAGGACGAAGAACUGGAGUUGAACAACAUCCAGGACCUCUACAGAUCAUUCAUCACGGAGUGCCCGAGUGGAUCUUUGUAUCUGCACGAGUUCAAGAGGAUGUUUGGAGUACAUAAUGGUACACCUGAAUCCCAGUACAUGGACAGCAUCUUCCGAGCAUUCGACAUGAAUCAUGACAACACAAUGGAUUUUAUAGAGUAUGUGGCGGCGCUUAAUCUUGUCCUGCGUGGAAAACUUGAAGAUAAGCUGCGGUGGUCUUUCAAAGUGUUUGACAGCGAUGAAAACGGUCGACUAGACAGAAAUGAACUACGGAAGAUUGUUAAGAUAAUCUAUAGGAUAAAGAAAGGCUCUGUGUCAGAUGAAACAGGAAAACAGAACCUCACUGCUGAGGAGGUGUGUGAGCGCAUCUUUCAGGAGGUCGAUGUAAACAGUGAUGGUCAGAUUACGCUGGAUGAGUUCGUCGAGGGGGCUCAGAGGAGUCCGUGGCUGCAGAACUUCCUGCAGCUUGAUGUCAAUCCAUGCGGAUGGGUCCAGAGGUACUUGUGUGACAGGAAACUCAUGAGUGCCAAAGAUUCCUGAAGGACUUAAAUAUCUUCAGAUGAUCCUGCCAAAUGGAAAGGAACUGCAUUGUGGACAUACAGGAAAAUCAUAAAAACUUCCACCAGCAGUGUAUGAGAAGACUCCUCAUGCCUUCUCUGUGCAGUAUAACCAACCAACAUUGAGUUGACUCUUAAAACACUGUAAGAGAGAGAGCGAACAGGGACGGUUGUAUCUGACAGAGCUAAAGGGGGACAUGUGCCUCGGUAUCGGAUGCUGAGGGGCGGGACAAAGCGGUGGUAUUGGCUGGGGGUUACACCCCUCACGUGGUGCCGAGAAGAGUCCCGGACACUGCAAAAUAAUAAGAAAAGAGAAAAUACAGGCAGAUACAGACACCAACACAGACGUCCAGUGGGUCAUAAGUGAUGCAUGAGAGGAAUUAUUUUUGUAUCGUCUAUAUAUUGUUUUUUUUAGGGAUAUUUUUGCAUAUUAUACCUUUAAUAUGAUAUGUGAUUUUAGCCGAAAUUAGACAUUAUGUAGAAUAUCACUUACUUUGUGGCCUGAUAUUGCUCUGAGUGUUUGUUCAUAAAUGAUCUUAUGAAUCGUUUUAAAAUAUAUGUUUGUAUUUUUUAAAUAAAUACUCAAUGGAACUGGU